ACAGAGAGGUUGGCAGCGUUUUCGCGGGUUUAUGAGCAAUGGAAAGAGCCCUAAGCAUAGCACUUUCUGCUGUUUUGCAUUAAUCACUGGGAUUCUAACAAAAUAUGUAAUCGAAAACGAGUCGUUUUCUCUUAAGUCUACCAGACAAUGGAACUAGCUUCAUGCAGCAUUAACAAGUCACCCCUGGGAAACAACUACGUAGGAAAAAAGACUACCUGCAGAAGCACACCAGUCAGCACCAGCGGGCUUCCUACGACUACGUGUGGCUUGAAAGACCCACAUUUUAUUGGAAUGCAUGUCAUCGAAUGUGUGAAGGAAAAAAACAGUCACCUUGGCAGCAUCCCAGCAAGCUGCAGCCCGGAAAGCUGCCUCCCCCAUGCCCCCUUCUGAGUUCUUGGACAAACUCAUGGGAAAAGUGUCUGGUUACGAUGCAAGGAUCAGACCUAAUUUCAAAGACCCACAAGGCUCCAAAUCGGACGGUACACACAAGAAAGGUCCGCCUGUGAACGUGACAUGCAACAUCUUCAUUAACAGCUUUGGAUCCAUUGCUGAAACAACUAUGGAUUACAGAGUAAACAUUUUCCUGAGACAGCAGUGGAAUGACCCCCGUCUGGCCUACAGCGAGUACCCCGAUGACUCCCUCGACCUCGAUCCCUCCAUGUUGGACUCCAUUUGGAAGCCCGAUCUGUUCUUUGCCAAUGAAAAGGGAGCCAACUUCCACGAGGUUACCACUGACAACAAGCUGUUAAGGAUUUCCAAAAAUGGGAACGUAUUAUAUAGCAUAAGAAUAACGCUGGUUCUGGCCUGCCCCAUGGACCUGAAGAAUUUCCCUAUGGAUGUGCAGACUUGUAUAAUGCAGCUGGAGAGCUUCGGCUACACGAUGAAUGAUCUCAUAUUUGAGUGGGAUGAGAAAGGGGCUGUGCAGGUGGCCGAUGGACUGACACUACCACAGUUUAUCCUAAAGGAGGAGAAAGACCUGCGCUACUGCACCAAGCACUACAACACAGGGAAGUUCACCUGCAUCGAGGCCCGGUUCCAUCUGGAGAGGCAGAUGGGCUACUACCUGAUUCAGAUGUACAUCCCCAGUCUGCUGAUUGUUAUCUUGUCGUGGGUCUCCUUCUGGAUCAACUGGGAUGCCGCACCUGCGCGAGUGGGGCUUGGUAUCACCACUGUGCUGACCAUGACCACCCAGAGCUCAGGCUCCAGAGCCUCCCUACCUAAGGUCUCCUAUGUGAAGGCCAUUGACAUCUGGAUGGCUGUGUGCCUCUUAUUUGUCUUCUCGGCUCUGCUCGAGUAUGCCGCUGUCAACUUCAUCGCCCGCCAGCACAAGGAGCUGCUGCGCUUCCAGAGGAGGAGGCGGCACCUCAAGGAGGACGAAGCAGGAGAGGGCCGUUUCAGCUUCGCCGCCUAUGGCAUGGGCCCGGCGUGCCUGCAGGCCAAAGAUGGCAUGGCCAUCAAGGGCAACAACAACAACGCGCCCGCCUCCAGCAUCCCACCCGAGAAGAGCGUCGAGGAGAUGCGCAAGCUCUUCAUCAGCCGCGCCAAGCGCAUCGACACGGUGUCACGUGUCGCCUUCCCACUCGUCUUCCUCAUUUUUAACAUUUUCUAUUGGAUCAUUUAUAAGAUCAUACGCAGUGAGGACAUUCACAAGCAGUAGGCAUUUCCAAGAAGGACGAGCCUGAACCGAAAGAGGCGCAGCUGUGCACGCCCUCCUCCUUUCCUCAAGCCCACCUCCUAUCUCUUGCUUUCAGUGGCGAGUCUUUGGCAAAGGUAUUUGUUGAAAUUCAUUUUCUUGUUUGUUUUUCUUUUGUUGUUUAUUUUUUGUUUUUUCUUUCCUCCCCCUGAUCUUCUGAAUAAUCUGGACCUGUGCAAUAGCAAUGCAGUAAAAUGCAUGAUAUAUGAAUGUGGCAAUAUAUUUAGUAAAAAACAAAAAAAUAAAUACAAAUAAAAAUGACUAUUAAGAAAAUAUUAACUUUUACAGACACAUAUGAGAACUUCUGAACAGACCGAUGAAAGCCAAGGGGGGUUGCUCUUGUGAGACACAUUUUUUGCAACUUGAAGACAUACUACAUUACUAGUAUAUCACAAAGAGCCAUGCAGCACUGUAAUAUAUCAUAUAUUUAAAACAAAACUGGAAUUUUCCUCAACUGGAAAGGUUUAAUGAUGCAGUGGAGAAUGGAAAGGUUUAAUGAUGCAGUUUGGUGCUUCCAUA